AUGGUUUCGUGGUAUGAGGAUCAGCGGACACAGCAUUGGAUGGCUGUCCGGGUCUGUCUAAUGGGCGAAACAGUUCUUGUUGUAAACGUUUACGCCCCAAGUACCAAGACUGAAAGAGAGGCGAUGUUCUCGAGUCUUCUACUUAUUCUUCAGGGAUACGAAGGACCCAUGUUUGUUGGAGGGGACUUCAACUGUACUUUGGAGCCGCGACUUGACCGUUCUUUUGUCUCGCCGCCAGGAAGACAUGAUUCCUUGGCGCUUCGGCGGCUUCUCGGCCGAGUGCAGCUUAGCGAUGUUCUUGAUGAUGAUCUGGAGAUGGCCGAAGAAGAAAGAGAUGUACCGGCGUUUCAUGCGGCCUCUCACACUUAUUUCUAUACUCUUUCGGGCGGUGUAUCGGCUAGUUCCCGACUGGAUCGGUGGUAUGUGAGCUCUCGCCAUGCUGAUUGGAUUCGUGGCGUUGCUUUGUCAGUACCUGGUCCAGCAGCUGACCACAAUGGCAUCAGUAUCAGGAUUGGAGUGCCGCGUUAUGCGGUCCGUAUACGUAAGCCGAGGUACGUGUACCCUGUUCCAGGUUGUGCUAACACAGCCGCGCAUAAAGCAAUUGUUGCGGCCAUUAAGCUGGCACAGCUUCAAGCGGACGAGACUCUUUCUGUUCCGCCGUCGGACAAUAUCACGGCCCGUAGAUUGGCCGAAUGGUGGGAUGAAUGGAAGAUCAGGCUUCGCAAAGUUCUUCUGGCGACGACCAAGAUCGCGCGUCAAGGUAUGACAACAAGCUAUCGGCAGCGGCUACGUCGGCUCUAUGUAAGACUGGACGCAGCUCUAUUGGUGGCGCUUACACUUGAUAACUCACCAUUAGGAGCUCAUAAGGACUGCAACAAGCCUAGCACCACCGAUACUCCGGUUGGACUGCGGCGUAAUGUUGCGGAGUGUCGACGCUUAUGGCAGAGAUCCAAAAAAGAGCGCCUCCUUGUUCAACACACAUAUACUCCUGGAGAAACGUCUCGACGUUUUUUCGCCCGGGUGGCGACUAAAUUAUAA